GGAAGUAGUCAUGUGAUAAAAAAAAAAAUCUCUUUUUAGUAAAUAUAUUGGUGUGGUACUGUAAUGCAACCUGAUGGCGGUAUUAUUUAAAUGUAGCCCUUUUUAUUUGCUUCUUUUUGUGUGUGUUGUUUUGUGUCUUGUCAAGAAUUGCAGGUGUAAAUAUGAACCCACUUGGGAGUCAAUUGAUUCGAGACCUUUGCCAGGCUGGUACGAUCAAGUAAAAUUUGGCAUCUUCAUACACUGGGGAGUCUUCUCUGUCCCCAGCUUUGGCAGCGAAUGGUUCUGGUGGUACAUGCAGAAGCAAAAACUGAAGCCCUAUGUUGAUUUUAUGGAAAAUAACUAUCCUCCUGGUUUCAAGUACGAGAACUUUGCCCAAGAUUUUACAGCCGAGUUCUUCAAUGCAAAACAAUGGGCUGAGAUUCUUUCUGCAUCUGGAGCCAAAUAUGUUGUUCUAACCACGAAGCACCAUGAAGGUUUCACAUUGUGGGGUUCGAAGUACUCUUGGAACUGGAAUGCUGUGGAUUUGGGGCCAAAGCGGGAUCUAGUGGCAGAGCUGGGGGAUGCCAUAAGGAAUCAGACAGACCUGCGAUUUGGGCUGUACCAUUCACUCUUUGAGUGGUUUAACCCGUUGUUCCUGGAAGACGCUGCCAAUGACUUCAGAACCAAUAAGUUCCCUACCACAAAAUCACUGCCUGAAUUGUAUGAAAUUGUGAACAAGUAUCACCCAGAGGUGUUGUGGUCAGAUGGGGAUGGAGAUGCACCCGAUACCUACUGGAACAGCACAGGAUUCCUAGCCUGGCUCUACAAUGAAAGCCCAGUCCGUGAGACAGUUGUAACGAAUGACCGCUGGGGAUAUGGCAGCAUUUGUAAACAUGGUGGGUACUACACAUGCACUGACCGUUAUAACCCGGGCCAUCUCCUCAAUCACAAAUGGGAGAACUGCAUGACCAUCGACCAGAAGUCAUGGGGUUACAGGAGAGAUGCUGUUCUAAGUGAUUACCUUACAAUUGAACAACUGGUCAAGACCUUGGUUGAGACAGUGUCCUGUGGAGGUAAUCUGUUAAUGAACAUUGGACCCACGCAUGAUGGUCGAAUUGCUCCUAUCUUUGAAGAGCGCUUGAGGCAGAUGGGAUUGUGGUUGAAAGUGAAUGGAGAAGGAAUUUAUGAUACCACAUCGUGGAGGGCUCAAAACGACUCUGUCACAUCUGGAGUCUGGUACAUGUCCAAGCCAGAAGAACAAGCUGUUUAUGCAUUUUUUCUUAAUUGGCCGAUUUCAGAAAAACUUGUUCUUAGUGAACCAUUUGCAACAGAGGGGAAAACAGUGGUUAAAAUGCUUGGGUAUUCAGAGGCUGUGAAGUGGCUCCCAUUGGAAAAGAAAGGGAUGACAGUUAUGCUGCCACAACUUUCUUACAGUCAGAUGCCUUGUCAGUGGGGCUGGGCUCUAAAACUAACCAGUGUCAGAUGAACAACGUUUUUAAUUUUUUUGUUUGUUUUUCAAAAUGGAAAAACUAACUAUGUGAAAAAUAUAUGAUGAUUUUAAGGUCCUAAAUGUUUUCUUUGAAAAAUGCUGUAUAAUGUUUUGUGAAUUUAGAUUGUGUUGUAGUUCCAUCAGCAUUUAAUGCCGUUGUGACUCCUUUGUUAAAAAAAACAGCCUUUUUAGCCUUUGUCUAAAAUCCUAGAAUGCGUAGUGGCUCAGCAGCUACAGUCAUCUAUCGGAAUGCGAUAUUUAUGAACCUUUGCAGUCAGGUUUUAGAUCAAGACACAGCACUGAAACAGCCCUUGUUAAGGUUGUUAAUGACCUGUUCGUGGCCGCUGACUCGGGUGCACUGACCAUUUUGGUCCUAUUAGACCUUAGUGCUGCAUUCGAUACCGUAAACUACGCCAUUCUAAUUAAUAUGGUUCUGUUUUUUUGUUUGUUUGAGAUGCGUGCAUUUAGGCGCUUAAAACAAAAAUUAUUAUUAUUAUUAUUAUUAUUAUUAUUAUGACCUCGGCACAUUUCAGCGACACCUACUGGUCAGGUUACAAUCCAAGUGGGGACUUCCCUUACCUCCAUGGAAGCUUUGUAACAUCUGUUGAGGUUCAGGAAGUUAAAAGAGCUGACUUCGGGAAUAAAGCUCCCCAGCUGAUCUUCAGUCCUGUUGAUAAAUAUCUGCUCUUGAACUGCCCAGAUAUCAAAUUGUACUGUGUUUUGUAUUUGCUCUAAUUAGGACUUUAGUCAUUGUAUUUUGUAUCUUGCUCUUAAUUGUACUGUAAUUCUUGAUAUGUACUUUUUGUAUAGAACUGUAAGUUGCCCUGGGUAAGGGUGUCUGCUAAGAAAUAAAUAAUAAUAAUAAUAAUAAUAAUAAUAAUAAUAAUAAUAAUAAUAAUAAUAAUAACAAUAACAACAACAACAACAACAACAACAACAGGGUUGCAGUUGUAUGGCAACCUUCAAAUUGGGCAUGUCAAAUUCAGGGAGGAAAAAUAGGUAAUGCACAAAGAUUGAAUGCAUGGCACCAUGAAACGGGAAAAACCACAUAUCUGUACUGAAUGGAAAGCUGUGACUUCAGUUUGAAACGAAGAUAAUAUUCAAUAACUGGCACCAAUUCCAAACAAACAUUGGUGAAAGUUCAUACAAUUUAUUUAUUUUACACAAUUCUUCUUGGGAGAUGUGUGGCGAUCUAUAUGUCCAAGCUUACACAGUUAGUGGAUGUAUUUUACAGAUAAACUUGCAUUGAUAAAAAAAAAAAAAAAAUUAAAAAAUACUUAAAC